AAUGUCACGGACAAACUUCUCAACAAGAUGUUGGAUGUAAUGCUUAUGUGUGUCCGUGUCUUUUGGCAUGUUCAUGCCCUGUACAGAAUGUAAAGGGGCGGCCGAAGGCUUAUAAGUCCCAUUUUAGUUGGGUUGGUGGCCUCUUUAGGCUUGUAAAUAAAGGUUGUGUCAUGUGGACACGUGCGAGAGCUUUUCGGUCUGUAAUGGACCAUUUUACCCUUUGUUGUGCCACUGUUCAGAGCUUGUAAUAGUCUGUUUGUAAUUUGCAUUGUCUAUGAAGUGUUUUUUCGAACAUGUUUGCUUGUGGAUCCCGUUUGAGGCGUUCUCUCUAACCCGUUCUCUCUUUUGAUGGUCCUAAGGGACAAUGGGAGGCUUCGGGGAGGCUGACCUUUGCGGACGGACACGCAAGGGUGCCGCACGACUUAAGGCAAAACCAGCUAAGUCCGUGUCAUAUGGUAUCAGAGCGGGACAAGCACUCAUAGAAACACUUGACAUGCAAACGUGGGGGACCUAGUGGGGCUGCAUGGAGGGCAGUCAGCACACGCGCGACCGUUUGAGGGAAAACGGGCAUGGAGAUGUAGGGAAAAGAGCCGCUCAGAGGAGCGGGCAUCUGACAUUGGCAUUCAGAGGAAUGGCCAACCCUUCGCGCAAGAGGCACCACGAGAACAGGCAAGCUUGGAAGAAUGCGGAGCGCACAAAGGUUGGGAUGGCUGAGUUUGAGCUACGGCUCAACGUUGACAACUUUACUUGAUGGUGCUCAAGGCAAGCGAGGCGCUUGGCAAAGGACGAGACCAUGCAAAGUGGAAUGAGUUGCUCAGCGACCGAAAGAGUUGUGCAAAGCUCACAGAGGUGAGGGGAAUUGCUAACUCGAAGAAUUCGGUACUCAUGCAUGGGCUUGUAUGCGGACGAUGGAUUGUUCGUGGCCAUCCCAAGGCGACCGAGACUCGGCGCUAUGGAGCAUUGAAACUUUCUCUUCGGCAUGCGAAGGAUACGUCCGGAGGAGGCUGAAGUGUGCAACGAGUUCAGCAUGUUGCUAGGCCUUGAGGGGUGCAGUGGUGGCUGUAUUGACGUGGAGGCGCAAUCUAGCAAGUGCGUUUGCAGGAGGCAGAACAAUGCACAGUUUAUUCAGCAGAUCGGAGUAGUCCAAGGGGAUGGUGGUCUCCGAAACGAAGAGAGAUGUUGCUCCAAUGGGACAGUUAUCCAGGAGGGAUAAGUCUCGGCUCUCCAGAGGGAGAAUCAUGUGAGAUGGACUUCACAUGUUGAGGAGGAGUACCUCACAAACAACAACUCCACGAAGCUCAAUGGACCGAGCAAGCAGCGAGGAGUUGUCACAUGAUCUCGCUCGAGAGAAUGCAUGGGUGGAUGCAUUGCGAGAUCAAGUGGGGGAGCGACCUGAAGCAACUUAAAUGAAGGCACACUUAGAGUCGAUAUGGAGAUCGGACUCAAGGGAGGGCUGACCCGUGGAAUGGUGGGCGCGAGGGCCACCAUCGACUCAAUGCGAAAACGAGGAGCGGAGCAACUUGGGUGUAACUUGGCGAAGUACCCAAGCCGCAUGAAGGGAGCCAGCAGAGAAGUUGGAACAUGGAGCAGAGGCACAGUGCUUUCCUUAGACAGAGGUCAAGGACAUGAACUCUUGCAGAGGCAAGAGCAGGAUCAUGUUGUUCCAUGGGUCCUUCAUUCUGACGGAGCGGACUCAUCUUGCAUGGUGCCAAAGACGAAGGGAGCUUCGGGGCACAUGCACCUUAUCUCGGAGAAGCAUUUGAUGGAGGAACUAAGGCGACUCAAUUUGCGGAGGCGAAGUUGGGUUCAGAAGGCCUUAGCACGGGGCAAGAGGACGCAGAGGCAGGUACUCUUGAAGAAUAUGCCACAGUGUUGCCAUUCGAGUUGCUAUGAAGGAAGCGGUGUGCAGCGGAGAUUGUGCUGGUAGGGGCAGAGGCCCAGGAUCCAGACAAUGGUGCACAAAUUACAGUGAAGUCGGUGGACUUCGGGAGCUACUAGGCGACGGACUGUCCUAGAGCGGUGCUUCAUCUAGGUGUGACCCAAGAGUGGGUGGAUGAAGGUCGAUUGCCAAAGGAGCGAACAAAAUCGAAGGUGGAGGAGACCCUGCGAUGUAUUGGCAGAGGCCACACAUGGAGGGUUCAAAAUUCGAGUUUAUUCCACAAGGAUCAGAAUGCAAUGGAGAUGUCACCAGGAGGCGACAUGGUGCAGCGGAUCGUGGUGGAACAGUUCGUGGCAAUGCGACACACACGACAUUGUCCCGUGAGGGAUGAGAUCAUAUGGAGGUAUGAUCGGGAGCUAUUGGGAGCUCCGCUUUGGUGAACAACACGACGGCAAGAAGGGCUAUGGAUUCAAGGAGUGAAGGCCAUGGUACCGCAGAGGCGGGUCUUCCGGGCGUGCACCGAAUUUUGCAUCGGAUGAAAACCUUGGUCAUCAGCAUAUGGGGGCUGGGUUCCACCAAGGGAAAAGUUCGUAUGCAAGUACCAGGGAGUCCCAUGGGAGGGACUUGAUCAUGCAGAGGUAUGAUCGAAGCAGCUGGAGAGUUGGACUGCUCCAGAGCUCAUAUUCGCUUAAGGGAGCCCGGCAAGUCAGAGGACAAGGCCGAGUAAGCGAACGUUGCUACCAAGGAAGCUAUGGAGAACAGAAUCGGUGCAAACCCUACAAUGCGAUGGCAGAGGCCAUGCAUGGGAGUUGCAGUCUGUCUUUCCAUCGACCAAACAGACUGCUUGGAGAACACGGAGGUGUUGGAGCAGGGGGUCGAAAGGGGCGAGGAAGCGACGAUGAGUCCAGAGGGACUUAGCUACCCAAAGUCAAGCAAUCAGUUAGAAUGGAGGUGGACUCAGAGGAGUGCCACGGAGACAUCUCUACUGAUCGUGAAGAAAAGGGAUUCAGAUGCGAGGCGACGGAUAGUAGGGCCAUGGGCAUGGCAGCGCCAUGGUACCGCAGAGGCGGGACUUCCGUCAAAGUCAUUGAUCCCUUGCUCUCACGGAGGGAGAGCGUUUGGUCGUGAAAGGGGCCGAGGAGGUGGAGUAUGCAGAGGCAAUCUCCAAGUACCGAGACAAGGCUGAAGGGCAGAGGCCAAGAAACUUCGUAAGACCGGUGUCAACAAGUUUCUCAUCAAGAUAGCCGUAAGUGAAGGACUUCGGGUCAUGCAAGAGUGCACGACCAAGGAACGAAGCAAGCAGUACGCGGUGCUGUACCUUUGCUACUCAGUGGAGUAGGCGGCAGGGUUGAUGGAGAAGACGGUACAAUCCCAGAGGCGACCUCAUCUAUUAGAGAAUUACUCCAAGUUGGGGUGAAAACUUCCUGCAUUCCAGAAGUUCAAUGGCAUUGAGAAGGUGAAUCAUAGUAGCUAACUCAACGCAAGGAGUGCAAACACUUCAAGUGCUUCAGAAGUGUGAGCAAAGAGCAGGCGAAGACUAGUAACCAGCUCGAUGCGUGAAGUACAACCUCGAGGAGGCGGGCGAAGUCAAGUAACCUUUGCCUUCUCAACUCUUAAGAGGAUGGGCGAAACCGAGUACCCCAAUUCUCUUAUCUAUCCAGCAGAGGAGCUCUGCACAAGUUCAAAGACCCUUCGAAGAUAAUGGAAGACAAUAGUUGUCAAAUCCUCACCAACGGUGAUCAGUGCUACUGAGAGUAGAUUGUCCGCUUCAUUUCCCAACGAAAUGCCAAUCGAAAGCGGAAGUGAUGCGAACCUACUUGGAUGUGACAACUAACUGAAAGAAGAGUCAAUGGGCAGAUUUUGUGGAGGAAGGACCCAAAAACUUCAGAAGUUUGCGAGGCGAUGCUCGUUAAAGCUCCAACAAGCAUCCACCCAGUUCAAGCAGCAUGUGGGAAUUUUGAGAGACUGGCGCAGUAAAGAUGGUCUUUUCCUUCAUCUGGGAGAUCCGCAGGAAUCAACAAGGAUCAACACAACUCAGCCAACCCCACACCACAGUCAGAGUCAUUGGUGAGUUGAAGCAGCAUGGCGGAUCAAAGUUCGACUACUCAAAAACAGCAGCGGAGAGCAGCUGGGAGCCAGGAGGCGCAUUGCAGCUGGAGCAGAAGAUUGAAGACUCAGCAAAGGCGAAGAGUUGCAGUGUUCACAAAGGCUUCGACGUGGACGUCGAAGGGAUAAGUGGGGGAGAAUGUCACGGACAAACUUCUCAACAAGAUGUUGGAUGUAAUGCUUAUGUGUGUCCGUGUCUUUUGGCAUGUUCAUGCCCUGUACAGAAUGUAAAGGGGCGGCCGAAGGCUUAUAAGUCCCAUUUUAGUUGGGUUGGUGGCCUCUUUAGGCUUGUAAAUAAAGGUUGUGUCAUGUGGACACGUGCGAGAGCUUUUCGGUCUGUAAUGGACCAUUUUACCCUUUGUUGUGCCACUGUUCAGAGCUUGUAAUAGUCUGUUUGUAAUUUGCAUUGUCUAUGAAGUGUUUUUUCGGACAUGUUUGCUUGUGGAUCCCGUUUGAGGCGUUCUCUCUAACCCGUUCUCUCUUUUGAUGGUCCUAAGGGACAAUGGGAGGCUUCGGGGAGGCUGACCUUUGCGGACGGACACGCAAGGGUGCCGCACGACUUAGGCAAAACCAGCUAAGUCCGUGUCAGUAAGGCUUUUUAAUCAUGAUAUGCAAGUAGUCAUCAUCAACUUUGGCAUUUUUGUGGAUCUUCUCCUGGGUUAGAAUAUUGUUUAAUUUGUUUCACAUUAAUAUUGUAUUGAAAUCUUCUUUUUGAUUUUUUCUUUGGCCCUCUAGAGGUUGUAUACGGUUGCUCUGGACUUAAGUCAGUCAUGAUAUCUUUGGGCCAGAAAGAUGAUGAGGGAUUUGAGUCGAUGGUUGGCCUUAUCUCCUGGACCACCUUAGAUGUGUAAAUGUUUUGUUACUUUGAAAUGUCUUCUCAGUGCAAAUUACCCUGCACUCAAGCAACACCUAGUCAGCCUUAUAUUUUGCUUAGUAAGGUUUUGAUUGUUUGAUGUGGAUGCUGAUUAGAAUCCAAUGGAAGUCCUCUCUGUGUCUGUCUCAGAGUGAUGUGGUAUCAGGAAAAGGGAAUUUCGACCUGAAAUGCAAGAUUGUCUCGGGGAUGAUUAUGUAAUGGAUCUGCCAAUGUAUUUGGCCUCUUUGUGUGAGUUAUCCCUAUUGCCUCAAUUUUUUGGAGUGUUAUUUCGGUGGUUGUGUCUAAUUGAAUUUGAUUCGAUCCUUGACAUUCUGCAAUGAUUACAUGAUGCCUUGUGUACGUGGCCCAUUUCGAGAGCACUCCAUGUAGCAGCCAACCAAACCACCAGGGAUUCAGAAAGAUAGCAAUCUUUGUGAUGAAUCAUGUUCGACCAAUGAGGUGCUGCCAGGUCAUCCAUCGAUAUGAAUCAUCUGACAAACGAAUGGUCCACCAGGGGCAGCCCAAAGUUCACUUAGAGAACUUAGAAAACCCUUCUGAAGGUCAAAGAUGACUUCCAACUCUUCUUCCUCAUCCUUCGGUUGGGACUUAAGACGAGUCAUCGGGCUUGUCACCACCAUCGGUGUCGGUUAGGUAGACUACCUCCUUUGAAGGGGUCAAUGUCGCUACUAUGAGGGAGGAUGUCCAUUCGGAGGCGAAUCCCUUGGGUAGUGGAGUCCCGUAGUCCUUGACGAGAUCAUUUAACUUCUAGUUGUGCAUUAGCACUAGAGUAGUAGCACACGUUAGAGAAGCCUUCCACAUCUCGGUCGAAUUAGAGUUGAUUGUUGUUCUGCCUAAUGAUUGGCUCUAUACACAGAAUUAUUAUCUCUGCAGAUACACAAACACACUGUAGGCAGGCCUCUGAUUCUCCCUCUAUUUUUUCUUUGUUGAAACCUUCUAGGUUUCGAAGUUUUGUCUUGCCCAGGUGGCGUCGAAUUCUUAGCGCUAUCUUAUUACCUUCACUAGAAGUGUUGGAGGCUUAGUAUUACCCCGAUGUUGACCCUACCGCAUUUGUACUAUAACGUUUGCUUUAGAGAUAUAGCUUACUUUCUUUCUACCUAAAUCAAUUGUAAAGUUAAAGGGGCACAAAGUUUCAAUAAGGGCUAGAAAGGUAGGUUCUUUUAUGUAGCUUUGAGGAAGGGUGGCCUUUUAUCUUGUAUUAGGCCACCCAAAGUUUGCCAAUGCUCCCCUGAGGUUGCUGGGGGCUAAGAAGUAGCAAUUUCAUUGGAUUGCCCUUGACUUAUUCGAGUCCACUACCAUCUUCAAAUGAGUGAGCAAUGGAUUAUGGAUGCAGAACUCAAUCUUGUGUCUCACUUCUUCCUCCUUUUUUGUUUUAGUUUUGGCUUUGAUUUCAACCCUUUUCUUAUAUGCUGUGGACAUGGACUUCACGCAAAUAUGUUCAAGGCAAUUGAUAAAGCAAGGCAAGCUGGUGAAGCACUCGUGGACCCCUCGAGUCGAUCUUCCCAUAGGGAUGAGCAGGGCAACUCGGGCGCAGAGGAGAGAUCGUCGGUGGAGAUCCGAGCAUCCUUGGUUCGUGUAGGGCAUUGGUGCUAAAUUUAAUGAACAAGCACCGAGGAGAUCCUCCGUGAUUGCUACCCAACCAAGAUCAUGGAUGGAUAAGUCGUCCUCCUCGAAGCGAUUUGAAGACUCAGCUCCCCCUUCCUUAUAAGGGGGGAGACUUCUCGAGUUACUAAGGCUUCCCGAUUUGGGGGGCCUCGAUAGGAGCGAUAACAAUUACCAUAACAACAACAAUAGCAAUAGAAGGUAGGGUCUUCAGUGGCCUUGGACCAAUUAAUCAAUCCACUGCCCAUGAUUUACGAAUCUGCCCCAUCAAGCGGACUUUGCAUCUCUGUAAAUCGACAUCCAUAUGGCUCGAAGGGGAAGGACCCGGUGAAGAGGUGGAGGGAAUGUCAGAUGGAGUUGUGGCAAAGUCGAUACCCGAAGGGGCCUCUACGGAGUCCAUAGGCGAGGAGAUGAUAGUUGCAAAGCCCAAAGCCCCACUUGCUGAUGUGGAAGUUCUUGCUGUCAAACCUCCUUUGGCAUAUGAGACCAUUAUGAUUGUUGACGAUGCUGUCAAACCUCCUUUGGCAUUUAUGAUUGUUGACCAUUAUGAAGUAGUAUAGGUGUUGAGUUGCUUGCCUUUCGUAAAUUUUUUCUUUCUCUAUUUUUUUGAUUUUGUUAUCGGGAGAUCCUAAUUUUAUUUUAUAAUGAACUCUCAAGUGUAAUGUAAAUAUUUUUUUGUCAAUGAAAAGUACAACAUUUAUUAGGCUUUGAGUAUAAAUUUCUUUGCCAAGUCUGAAUCCUUGUUAUGAAUAAUAAUUUUUAAGAUGAACUAUAUUCUAAGUCUUAGGGAUAUGUGAACCCUCUAAAGUUUGAAGUCGAUAAAUCCAUGGUCAGCUGUCUUUUGAAAUGCAAUAAGGGUCUUCCUAGUUCGAUGCAAGUUUUCCUCGAGAGUGAGAACACGAGUUAGAAGAAGUGUUAUACUCGGGACCUCACAAGUUGACAUUUCAACAAAUAAUUGAUAGGCAAUGCAAAAUACAAAGCUAGACUUCGUAAGCUUUAAAUGGUCGUGCAACAUAAGUAGUGCAAACCUGAAAUGGCCACAAAUGACAAUUAAAAUGGGGGCUACCAAGCCUGCUGCAAGCCCUGUACAUGUCGCCUAAGACAUGUACAAAAUCGAACGACACAAACAUACAUAAACAUUACAUCAUAUUACAUCGAACACCUUGUCUACUGACUUCUCUAUAACAACAAGGCGAUGAGGUGUUGACAACCAUCAAUAUAUUAUGAUCCCCAUAUCAUAUGUUAAACCCGAUCAUUGUCUAAGGGAAUGUUCGAUCAAUACACAUCAUCAACAAUAGCCUCCGAUGAUUUCAGUGACCCUUUACAUUUGGACAACAUCCUAUGAUUUGUCAAAACUAUGCGCUAAGUAUGAGUGGUUAUGGAAUCUGACUAUAAAAGACCUCAUAGUACAUCGACUUACAUUAUAUUAAAAAUAUUUAAUACAAACUAUUACCCGUCAGAUGUGGGCUACUCUCACUUUUGUGUUGGAGGAACCUUGUUGGGUACAUUUUCGAUCUUGGUUUUGCAAGUCAAUCAAUUAAUUCCUCAAUCGUCCUAGACACCAAUAGUACACGUUUCUAAUUGAUCCAACAUUAUUCUUGUGACGAAUGCGAUCUGAAGCCAAGGAAGCUUUAUUGCAUUAAUCAAUGGAAUAGACAACCAAACUAGACAUUAAGAAUUAUGUUUAAGUUGCUAUGUUAGUAGGUCUAUUAGGUCGCACCUUGACAAUAUAGUUAUCAACCUAAUCUAAAUUUUAUAAAGAAUUAAAGUUUCCAAAUUUAGAUCCAACUCUAAUGCAUAAAGCAAAUUUUAAAUUUGACCUCCGACAUGCAAAACAAGACAUUCUUCAUGUAGUUAACAAAUGUUAGUCCCGUUGUCAUUGUUAAGCUUAAUUAUCUCUUGUAGAUCUCAAUACGUUGGUGAUAACAGCACUAAGAUCCCAUCACAUCAAAGUUAAUGAGAGACACCACAUCACCUUAUGUAGUGAAAGCCUUAUUAGAGUACUAACCCAAUAACUUGGUUAUUGAUGCAUAAGCUUAGAAGCUUUCAAAUCCAAAACGAGUUUGGAUCCUAAUCUACAUCCAAUAAUAUGUAUGCCUAAAUCUAACAGAAAACAUGGGGGCUUACAGGCUUCACAAUCCGACUCUUCAAUGGAUCCAUUUAAUCCGAUCCGACCCGGCCUGGCCUGUCUUAUUCCUAUAUAGAGCCCUACAUAGCACAAAUUGGGUUGAACCCCUGCAAGGUCUGAUCAUCAUGUCAAGUGGCCUUCCGUGACUUAAAGAAUGACGAACCACAAACCCAAGUAAAGAAUCCGUCUUAAGAAUCUCCACCAGGAAGGUCGGAGCCCAUGAAUUCGGUGUCCCAAUUUCUUUUGACGAGUCAAUAUCUUGGAGCAUGUUGUAUGGGCAGAAGUUUCAUUCUUGGUGAUAAGUGAUUCUGAAUAUAUAUAACAAUGGCUGGAUUUAGAACAACAUUUACUAGGUCGUUCUACAAUGCCAUAGAUUCUUGCUUCAAGGCAAGAUCUCUUGGGUCAUUCAUCUCUCCACUUGAAAUUUCAAGGCUAACCUUGUGCAGUGUUUCUUUAGUAUCACGUGACCUUACACCUGACAAAUACAGUGUACAAGACUGGCCUCGGCAACAUACAAAAACAAGUAAGGGCAAAUUGUUUACUUUCUUCCCUUUUGCUGAAACUUGUAGUUGCAGAACUGAUGGCAGAACGUAUUCAACUACACUUCCAGUUAGCAACCAAUCAAUCACAAAUUUGUUAAGCUUUGGACAUACUUUAUCUCCAUGGUGCUUAAAUGCAAAAUACAACUAUCGAACAUAUUCUUCCCAUUCUGGAGGCAAACAAGAUGGUGUCCAAAGUGCUCUUGAAAAUAUUGCAAGUACAGAAGCAUCAAAGGAUGGAAAUACUGGUGCUGUGGGGAAUGACUGGGUAGCUAUACUUGACCGUGCUCGUGAGGCUGUUGUGGAUGCGGCUAUUAGCACAGAAAAGAAAGUUAAAGACUCGUAUGAUAAUGUGACUCCAUAUUUGCAAGAGUUAUAUGAUUCACAUCCAUAUCUGGAGAAGGUGAUUGUUCCAAUCACUGGGACUGUGUCUGCUACAUUGUUGGCUUGGUUUGUCAUGCCCAAAAUAUUCAGGAAACUGCACAGUUAUGCAACGCAGAGUCCUGUUGCUUUGUUAUCGGGGAAUUCAACCAAAGAACGAGUUCCUUAUGAUAAAAGUCUAUGGAGUGCUCUAGAAGACCCUGCGAGAUACCUUAUUACAUUUGUGGCAUUUUCUCAACUAGGUAUCAUGAUUGCACCAACUGCUACAGAAUAUCUAUUACAAGCAUGGAGAGGAGCAGUUGUUCUUUCUUUCAUCUGGUUUCUUCAUAGAUGGAAAACCAACUUCUUUGCUAGGGCUUUGACAACCCAGGCCAUCGGAGGGCUUGAUCGAGACAAGCUGUUAACACUGGAGAAGUUGUCAUCCGUGGGAUUAAUUAUACUAGGAGUAAUGGGCUUUGCUGAAGCAGUAGGUGUACCAUUGCAAUCUAUUGUUACUGUUGGUGGCAUAGGAGGUGUGGCUACUGCUUUUGCUGCUAGAGACAUUCUUGGAAACUUGUUUAGUGGCCUUUCUUUGCAAUUAUCAAAGCCUUUUGGAGUGGGCGACAAUAUUAAAGCUGGAUCAGUAGAAGGCCAAGUGAUGGAAAUGGGACUCACCACCACGUCCUUGAUAAAUUCUGAAAAGUUUCCUGUCAUAGUUCCGAACUCGCUAUUCUCUAGUCAGGUGAUUGUGAACAAAUCAAGGGCUCAGUGGCGUGCUAGUCUUACCAAAAUACCUAUACGUAUUGAUGAUAUAGAGAAGAUACCCAAUAUUUCUGAAGAGAUAAGUUCUAUGCUACGAGCUCAUCCAAAAGUUUUCCUAGAGAAGGAUGCCCCUUAUUGUUACCUCUCUCGGAUAGAAUCAUAUGCAGAGCUUACCCUAGGAUGCAACCUCAAAAGCAUGCGAAAAGAUGAGCUAUUUGCCACAGAGCAAGAUAUUCUUCUGCAAGCAGCUAGGAUUAUCAGGCAACAUGGUGCUGAACUUGGAAGUACCCUAAAUGACUGCAUGAAAUGUUGAUUCAAAAUCAAUGGAUUUUGCUUAAGGUCUAACUUUUUCCUUGUUCUGAAAGCUCUCGUCUGUGUUUGAAGAAAGAGAUGACUGUAUAUGCGUGCAUGUUAGUCUCUCUGUUCGAGUGUGUGAUGACUGCUAGUUGAGCCUGUUGCCAAGGGGACUACAUUGUGAGAAAUAGGGAGGACCAGUUUAGGGUUUAGGCUGAAAACUGAACUCUCGAUCAACUUUGAUUGUAAUCAUCAUCUUUAUUUGUCAACAAGGUCUUCUGUUGUAAUUGCAACUCUAGCGGCGUUUACAAAGCCGUGUUGGCUAAUACAAUCACAUAAGAGGAAACGGCGGAUGGGACGAUAGGGCAAAAAAAAAAGGGGUUCUUUCUGCGUCUUGUAAAGGUUAUUCUCACUCAUUCCAUAACUCUUAACCUUGCAA